AUGACCCAAUACAUCAAAGUAAAGAGCAGGACGCCCAGUACGGGCACCAAGAGCAAUGGGUGUAAGUCACAGUGCACACAAACACCUGCUGAAAUCGUUAGGGCUACGCCCUUCCAGGCCAACGGAGAGGGCAUCCUGGAGCAUGUGUUGGGAGGCGUGGCAACCAAGGAUGCCACUAUCAACACAGACGCUCCCGCCUGCGAGCCACCUCCUCCAAAGCCUCAGCUGGCAGGCAAGAAUCGGAAGCAGCAGCAGCAGCCCAAACAACAGCAGCGACCAAAGCAGCUGCAACAGCAGCCAAAACAACAGCAGCGACAAAAGCAACCGCAGCAGCUACAGCUGAAUCCAAAGCAACAACAACCCCUACAGCAGCAUGAACCACGGCAGCAACCUCAGGAGCAGCAGACCUGGAGCGAGGUAGUAAGUAGAAGAAGGAAGAAGCCACAACAACCAGCUGACCGGCAACCACGCUCAGCCAUCGACAAAAUCGCUUUGCUACGGAGGAGGGCCCCUAAAUCUAUGGCAGUCACUAUCGACCGCUCGACUGAUGGAGGGUCGCUGGCAGCCGUGAUGAAAAAGGUAUCGGGCUCGAUCAACCUCCAAUCCCUUGGCGUCAAGGUCCUGACGACAAGAAAGACCAGGGCGGGAGGUAUUCUCCUCGAGGUCGAGGGGAUCGAAAAAGCCACGCUGUUAGCCGGGAAGAUCCGGGAGGUGGUAGGAGAUGCGGCCAGGGUCAGGUUACCCGAGCCCCGUACGCCCGUUCUACUGUUGGGAGUUCCGGAAUGGGCAGAGGCAGAGAACGUCGUUGCCGGCGUCACGCAGGCGGGAGUCACCGGCGUCACCUCCGAGAACGUGAUCAUCCGCAAGAACUCCGGUGGUAGAGGGGAGUUCGUCGCGAGCUUCCACUUGCCACUCAAGGACGCCAUCACGCUAGCGGAGAAGAAAGCGGUCACCGUGGAGUGGACCAGGUGCAGGGUCAAGCUGUUGUCCAACAACCAACCUACCUGCUUCCACUGCCAAGGGAAAGGACACCUGGCUGCUGAGUGCCGGAACGAGGCCAAGCCCCGCCGCUGUCACAGAUGCAAGAAGGACGACCACCUGGUGAAGGACUGCGCCCUACAGAAGCAGACGCAACAGCAGAAGCAGCCGCAGCCCUCAACCUCGAGUUGUGAGGCGCCUGCAGAAGAAAGUAAAGCGGUGUGA